ACAUUACUGGUGUCAACAAUAAUCGAUUCGGCGAUGCAUCCCGAUGCGGGCCAUGGACGAUGCGAUUCGAUGCGGGCAACAAGCCGAAUCGAUUCAGCACAUAUUAAAAUAUAUAAGUCCGUUCAAAAAUCUUCCAGUGAUGCAGUGAUGCAAUGGAUUUGGUUUCCCCAUUUGUAUUAUUAUUCUCAUGUUUACCUGUAGAGGGAGCUAUUGUACAAGAAAUGCAGGGGGGACGAGCAACCCAAUUUUGCUUCCUCACGGGAGUAACGUCACAGACAUGCGCAAUUGCGCAGUGCCAAUCGAGAAAGCAGAGAGAAGCAAGAGAGAAGAGGGAGUGCGAAAGAUUAUUGACGCACCAAAGACAUUGAAAGCAGGCAUAUGGAGACAUUUUGGCUUCUAUGAGAUUGUCUGAAGCGGAGUGUUAUAAAUGGCCCGAAACGUCAUCCUUCACUGUCAACACGUGCCGUGGCGGCAAUAUCGGGGUCACCGCGGGUUCAAAUUCAGCCGUUGACAGCAUCAUCGCUCCUGGAAGGCGAGCGGCAUCACACUCCGUAAAUAUAAAGCAGCAGCCCGACAAAAACCAGGACAGCAUAAAGGAUGUAGCCCUAGCUUGUCGUCGGAACAGAAUGGAGUGUUCCUGGAAAACGCUGCUGCUGCUCGUCUGCACCUCGCUAGGGGUCCAGUACACGGCAAUUCGUACCCUGAGGGACUCGCUUUCCGCACCUUGCCGGGGGGUCUACCGCUGUCGCGUCGGACAUGACGGAGAAUCCAAUCAGAGAACCUCGUGCGACGAGACUGGGAUGCCGGCGGAUCCCUUUCGGAAGCACAUCCUGCUCUUCGCCACCACCCGCAGCGGUUCGUCCUUCACCGGUCAGCUGUUCAACCAGCACUCGGACAUCUUUUACAUGUUUGAACCUCUCUACCACGUCCAGCAGGCCUUCACUAACUCCAGUGGAAGGGUCCGCCGGACUUUGGGGCGCCGGGCCCUGCUGGGGGCGUACAGGGACCUCCUUCUCAACUUGUAUCAAUGCCAUCUCCACUUCCUGGAGAGUUACAUCCACCCACAACCUCUGGAUCACCUCACGAAUUCCUUCUUCCGCAGAAGUUCCAGUCACGCGCUUUGCACUCCUCCAGUUUGUCCGGAAGGCGGGGACGGAGUUCCCACCGAAGAGGGUUGGUGUUCCAAGAAAUGCGGGGUCUUGAACCUGACUUUAGCAUCCAUUUCCUGUCUGUCCAGACGUCACGUGGCUAUAAAGACCGUCCGGAUCCCUGAAGUGAAGGAUCUCCGAACUCUGGCAGAAGAUCCGCGUCUGAACUUGAAAAUCAUCCACUUGGUGAGGGAUCCUCGAGCCAUUCUGGCCUCGCGCAUGACCGCCUUCUCCGAUCAGUUUCGCGCUUGGAAAAUAUGGAACGCCACGGGACGCCAACCUCGAUACGUGGACCUGACGCAGAUCACCAGCACCUGCGAGGACAUGGCAGGGUCUGCCAGGACGGGACUGCGGAGGCCGGCUUGGUUGCAGGGACGCUAUUUUUUAGUACGAUACGAAGACUUGGCCAUAGACCCGAAAGGAAAAGCCGCUGAGUUGUACCAAUUCAUCGGACUGGAGGCGGAGGACCGGGUGUUGGCGUGGAUUAGCAGGAACACGAACGGUAAUUCGUCAGCGCCGGCUGAGUGGAGUUACAAGUACUCCACAAGUCGAGACUCAAGAUCGACGGCUGAAAGUUGGAGGCUUCGUCUGGGUUAUGAUAUCGUCAGGACUGUGCAGACUCUGUGUAACGAUACUUUGGCCCUGCUGGGGUACAGACCAGUUUUUUCCGAAACACAGCUAAGGAACUUGACUUAUAGUCUUGUUGAACCGAACUUCUACCAAGACAGUACUUGAUUCGUCUGCUGUUUCUUUUGUAUUUGUGAUCGUGUGUUUCUGAGAUCAUGCUGUUCUGUAAAGAAAUGUGAAUUUUGUAUUUAGAAAUGAAGAAUGUCGAGCAUU